CUAUGUAUGUUUAUGUUUGACCACCUAUCAUAUAUACUAUGUAUGUUUAUGUUGGAGAUCAUGGGACUCUUGAAUUUUUUCGAUAACUCAAUUUCAAUGUUUCAGGAAGAGUAUCCAGAAUUGGAGGAGGAGGAUUUGUAUCGUCAUGCAAGGCUAGUCACUUCAGCCGUCAUUGCAAAAGUUCACACCAUAGAUUGGACUGUUGAGCUUCUCAAAACCGAGACCAUGCUUGCAGGAAUGCGUGCGAAUUGGUAUGGAUUGCUAGGGAAGAAAUUCAAGGAUACAUUUGGGCAUGUUGGAGAUUCCGUUUUUAGUGGUGUUGUGGGAAUGAAGAAACCAGAGAAUCAUGGAGUGCCUUAUUCCUUGACAGAGGAAUUUGUGAGUGUGUAUCGAAUGCAUCAACUCCUACCUGAUAAGCUUCAAAUGAGGAAUAUAGAUGCCACCCCCGGACCAAACAAAUCUCUUCCUUUGACUAAUGAAAUUCCCAUGGAAGAACUAAUUGGGGGUAAAGGAAAGGAGAAUUUAUCAAAAAUUGGGUUUGCUAAGCAAAUGGUUUCAAUGGGCCAUCAAGCUUGUGGAGCUCUUGAGCUAUGGAAUUAUCCAGUGUGGAUGAGGGAUCUUGUUGCUCAAGAUGUUGAUGGAACUGACAGACCAGAUCAUAUUGACCUUGCAGCCCUUGAAAUUUAUAGGGAUAGAGAAAGAAGUGUUGCAAGGUACAAUGAUUUUCGAAGGGGGAUGUUGCAAAUUCCCAUCUCCAAAUGGGAAGAUUUGACAGAUGAUGAAGAAGCAAUCGAAACACUUCGUGAAGUAUAUGAUGAUGAUAUCGAAGAGUUGGAUUUGUUAGUUGGACUCAUGGCGGAGAAAAAGAUUAAGGGCUUUGCCAUUUCAGAGACAGCUUUUAUCAUAUUCCUUGUCAUGGCAAUAAGGAGGCUAGAAGCAGAUAGAUUUUUCACCAGCAAUUACAAUGAGGAGACGUACACAAAGAAAGGGCUGGAGUGGGUGAAUACAACGGAAAGUUUGAAAGAUGUGUUAGAUCGUCAUUACCCAGAAAUGACUGAGAAAUGGAUGAAUUCCAGCAGCGCAUUCGCUGUUUGGGACUCUUCUCCAAACCGUCAUAAUCCUAUUCCACUCUACUUUCGUGUUCCUCAACAGUAACACUCGUAUGUGUACAUAUCAUUAUAUUCGAGACCUACAAUCGCGUGUUGUGAUUUUACAAUAUACAUGCAUCUGUUAUAAAAAUCUAUGUGUGGAAAUAAAUACGUACUAUGUUUGAUUAAUAUUUACCUGUAAGAGUGUAUUUGUAAAA